AUUCGAGUUGAAAAAGCGUUUCCUCACUCAUUCCGAGUCUCGAUUUAUUUAUACGUUGAUAACCAAGUGUGAUUAAUAUCCUGAGAGAGAGAGAGAGAUUCUCGAGUACUUUUGCUCAAUUUUGCUCAAGUUAUAAAGGAAACCUUAGAUCUUCUUCGAAAUAUUAUGGAGGAGGAUAAAGAUUUCAAAAAUAUUUGGAAAGUUUACCGUUCAUCUGAGACAGAACGGGUCAGAUCAAAUACUUUACCUGGAUUGUUGCCGUCCAAUAAGCAGUCGUUCGAAUGUAACCCGAGUGGCAAUUUGCAUGCUUUAAUCAGACCAUACAGUUGCGAACUAUAUGGGAGUAACAGAGAAUUAAGCAUAAGGUUCCAAGAUAGGAUGUUAAAAGUUAAUAGUGACCGUGUAAGUACAUGGGUUUUUCCACACUACAAUCACGGUAUUGAAAACCUGAACUGGAGCAUGCAAUGUAAUCAAGGAUCGUUCAUAAGAAACACUACACCAAUGAAAGAUCAGUUGGAACAUAUGGAACAUAUUGAAUCAGCAAGUCAAUCAACAGAGGAAUAUACUGCAAAUCAACCAGAAGAGGCUGGUACAAUUAAAUCUGUUAUUUUUUCAAAGAAGACUAGUUUACGCCCAAAAUUGAAAAUAAAAUCUGAGAAACAAAAACCUGAGAAGAGACAGGGCUCAAAUCCUGUGAAUGAAGACAACAUAACACCUACGAAGAAAUGGAAGGAUUAUGAUGAUGUGUCAGACAAUCUCCGUUCAAUUGCUCCGUCUGAUUCUUCUGCCAUUUCUACUGCUGAUAGCUGCGAUGAACGUGAAGAUCUUCAAGCUAAACAUCCGCUGAAAGCGAAAAAGAACUUUUUGACAUGCAAACGUUCUAUGUUUGUACUAUUAUUAUCUACGAUACUUGUGACUUUUAUCUCGGUGUACUUAUAUGAAAAUCAGGAGACUCGCAAGCAUAGCAAUGAUUUUGCGAAUGCCGUUGUUGAAUUGAAGGAGCGGAUUUAUGGUCACAACAAUUUGCAUAAACUCUGUGAAUAUCUUCAGAGUGAUGUACCCUCCUUCAAGGUGAUUGUCCUCUUCGGUGACACAGGCGUCGGUAAAUCAUACACGGUAGAUAUCAUAAGAAGGAAUUUCCCGCGAAAGUAUGCUAUUCGCCAGUAUUUCCCGCCAUUGGAAGCCGUGAACGACAUCAACCUUCCUCUCUUGUAUCCGAAUUUAAUAAUCCUGGAAAAUUUGAAAAAACGUGAUUUGAUGGACUUCGUAAACUUUCUAGAGGCCCGUCGAGACAUUUAUAAGGAUCACUUCGUGACCGUAUUGGCCAUUUUCAACUUCGAAGAUUUAAUUGACCUCGAGAUACGAAUAAGAAAUCGGCCCCACGAUGCAGCCGUAAUAGAAAACGCUUUUCUCAACAAAAAUAUCGAAGUUGAAACUUUUUUCUAUGAGCCUUUGAACGAAGAUGCUUUGGACGGCUGCAUUAUAGAUGCGAUCAAAGAGAGCAAGUUGACGCUCAACGAAGAAAAAUUUGAUCUUGUUAAAGAAAGUCUGUUGAUACAUGAGGCCGGUUGUAAAAGGGCCUACAGGUAUGUUCAAGUGAUUGGUAGGCAACAUGAAUGAAUGUAAAAAUUGAUCGAUACAAUUCCUUAAAAGAUGAAAAGACUGAUCAAAGAAAUCAUUAUGUACUUUACGACUGAUAUAACAAAUAUCCGACUGCGACGCGCAUUUUUUGUAUAUAUACUUUAUGUAAUUGUUUCAAUGACUAUAUGAGUGCUUUCCAAUUGCUUAACAUAUUUUAACACAAAUGUACACAGGAAUAAAAUACAGCAUUGUGCACGACUUAAUUAGAACAAAUGUGUCGUCGUACACGGUUUAGGCAAGGAUAGAAUUAGGUUAAAAGUAACUUUCUGCCUGUAUUGAAUGAGAAGCAAAAAUUCAAGCAAUUAUCUUCCAAUAUCCUCUAAUCUCAUUUAUAGCGUGAUUAGUAACAUGUAAUUGUCACAAAAAUACAAGCUUACACAACCGACUAGAAGCCUUUGGGCUGAAUACGGAUAUGUGUCAAUGAUUACCAUAAUUAGAACACAACUUGUGUCGCCGUGUUCACGAAAGUGUGUAGUGAUUUUACAAUUGGAAAACACUCUAUGUAUUGUGAUAAUCUUAAGACCUAAUAAGUAGUUCUUACCGAGUGAAUAUAAUUUCUGAAUGUAAAUAUUUUUAGAAAUGCGUUUCCGCUUUGAUUAAUUAAAUGAUCGUCUACCUUCUCGCCGAUUUUUCAUUAAAGGGCAUAAUUUUGAUAAUUUAUGGAAAGAGAUCGAGCAGCCAAUUUUAUUGGUGAAAGUCAGCUUGGACACGAAUAUGACGUUCACGGUCUGCGGACUUGAACGCAUGAUGAAAUUUUUGUGUGCAUUACUUCCGGAUUGUGAAUAUUGAAGAUUCAAGCGGUAAUUUUUGCGGGUGAUGUAUCACUUACGUUCGAUGAAACGCAUAAUUCACUCGUGGUUUCGCACGAUUGAGCGAACUCAUGUAGAUUAAGAUUUCCGAUACAUACAACAUAUACAAUGUCGCGAAACUUUCUUUCUGUAAUUGCAUUUGGACUCAUAAUGAUUUGUAAGCGAGUAACCAACCAUGAUAUUACGUUAAGUAACGACACAUUAUAUCCAAAGUAUGAAUGUUACGUUAUUACUACCGAUCGCUCUUGUGCAAUCGAAAAGUCGCUCGAUUGUAUUUCUAGGUAGGUAUAAGUGAAAUUUUUCCAAGACGUGAAAGAAAGAAUUUCUUAUCGAUUACAUAGACAUCGUUCUAUCUCUACUUAGGAAUAAGUGGGGGAAGAAUUAAGUGCCAAAUCUUGAAAAAAGACUACUAAGAAUAUUUUAUUUUUAAGUUACAAAUUUGAUAAUGGUGUGUCAGAAUGUGGUCAGGAUGGAUUGCAGUCAGUGCCUUUAAUUAACUAUUUUCAUCUUAGGAUAGACAUCUUGUAGAGGCACAUUGAACUUGCUAUUUGUAUUUUUUGAAACUAUUUUGCUCAAUCUAUUUAUAGUUCAAUUUGUAGUUAUUAGAUUAUGUAGUAAUUGUAUUAUGUAGAUUUACAUUAUGGACAAAUUAUAGAGUUGUCGUUUUAUACUUACGACUU